UGCGGGACAGGCCCGCGGACUCUUUGGGUGUUGUGUCAAAUUGUAUCUCUUAUAGGAGAAAGUUGCUGCUGCAGGGUAACGCACCUCGUCGUGACCAAGGUGAAGUUUCUUUGGAGAAGAAAAGCCCUAAGAUGGCAGGCAAAGGAAGCAGCGGAGCAGACUCCAUGUCCUGCAGUGUCCUGAACUGGGAGCAGGUCAGCCGUCUGCACGAGGUUCUUACCGAGGUGGUUCCCAUCCACGGCCGGGGGAACUUCCCGACGCUGCAGAUAACGCUGAAGGACAUUGUCCAGACGGUUCGGAGCCGCCUGAGCGAGGCGGGCAUCGUGGUCCACGACGUCCGAUUGAACGGCUCUGCAGCUGGUCACGUCCUGGUCAAGGAUAAUGGGCUGGGAUGCAAAGACCUGGAUCUCAUCUUUCAAGUUUCUCUUCCAAGUGAGGCAGAGUUUCAGUUAGUCCGGGAUGUGGUCUUGCGAUCCCUGUUGAAUUUCCUGCCGGAAGGGGUGAGCAAGCUGAAAAUCAGUCCCGUGACGCUGAAGGAAGCCUACAUCCAGAAGCUGGUCAAAGUGUGCACGGAGACUGACCGCUGGAGCUUGAUAUCGCUUUCCAACAAGCAUGGCAAAAACGUGGAGCUUAAGUUUGUGGACUGCAUUCGGCGGCAGUUUGAGUUCAGUGUGGACUCGUUCCAGAUCAUUCUGGACUCCCUGCUCUUUUACUAUAACUACUCAGAAACCCCCAUGUCGGAGCACUUCCACCCGACUGUGAUUGGGGAGAGCAUGUAUGGAGACUUUGAAGCAGCUUUUGAUCACCUGCAGAACAAGCUGAUAGCUACCAAAAACCCCGAGGAGAUCCGAGGCGGCGGGCUGCUGAAGUACAGCAACCUCUUGGUACGAGACUUCAGGCCCAUGGAUAAGGACGAGAUCAAAACGCUGGAGCGCUACAUGUGCUCCCGCUUCUUCAUAGACUUCCCAGAUAUCCUGGAUCAGCAGCGCAAGCUGGAGACCUACCUCCAGAACCACUUCUCCAAAGAAGAGAGGAGCAAGUAUGACUACCUCAUGAUUCUGCGCCGGGUGGUGAAUGAGAGCACCGUCUGCCUCAUGGGGCAUGAGCGCAGGCAGACUCUCAAUUUGAUUUCUCUGCUGGCACUCAAGGUGCUGGCAGAACAGAAUAUCAUCCCUAAUGCCACUAAUGUGACCUGUUACUACCAGCCAGCACCUUAUGUCAGCGACGCAAACUUCAGCAACUACUACCUGGCAAGUGCCCCUGUGCUGUACAGCCAGUCCUACCCCACCUGGUUGCCUUGCAAUUGAUCGCUCCCCUCGAGUGCUCCUGGCUCGAGACUGCUGAAAGCCAGGAGUGUAAAUAUAGACAAGUACUAAGUGUCAGUUGGAUGUUCUCUAAUGGAAACGUGACUGUAUCAGACUGUCCAUUUCCUGGUGUGCAGUGGGAUUAUGCAGCCAGGUGACCUGCUAUGAAUCUUUAAGAGUAUCUCUACAAAUGCCAAAAAGCCUUAUUACCUCUUCGUGGGGAGAAGAGAACCAACAGCCAGACAUUAAGAGGAGCAGUUAAGAAACUUUGUACUAGCUCUGGAAGUGGCUGUUAACAUGGGAUAUAAGUGGACUAUACAGUAAACUGGGUUGGUUAAUUGACUGUAAAAUGCCUUAAGCAGAAGCUGCUCCUGGAGUAGCAGCAGAACUCUGCUUUCUAUUUCCUAACCUCAUUACUCUUCCUCAGUCCAAGUUCUGGCCAAAUUUCUCUUGAACUAAUUGUGCCAAGACUGGGCUCAUGUUAUGCUUGGAUCGCGUUCACUUUGUGUCUGUGUGAGCUGGUAGCAGUAUGGAUCAUGUCUGUCUUGUAGAGGACAUGAAUGUUGUUUCCUGUAGUGCCUAUGGCUAUGUGGUCCUGCCUUGAGUUCAAGAUUAAUUUCUUGGAAGUUGAAGAUAGUUUAGUAAGUCUAUUCACAAAGUAUAAGCUGGUUGAAUUUUUCUUGACUACAAAAACUUGGAAGGUGGCAUUUCUAAAAACACACCAAAACAUAAUCUAAAACUUGGUAAUGUAAAAAGUCCUUGAAAUGAGUAAUUUAAGCUUUAAAUAGAAUUGGAGCUGCAGUUUGAACAUUAACUUGGAAAAAUAUUCUUGAGUCCAGCACGAAGCUAAAGCUUUUCUGACUAUCUUUCAAAACAAUUUUGGCACAGUAGGAAAGUAGCACAGCUCUUACUUUGGGGGUUCGACCAGAUUUUCUUCCUCACAGGUCUGCAGCAAAACCAACAAAAACCCUAAAGAAAAAUCCCAAGUCACUAUAAAUUGCAGGAUUAUGUGCACUCCUGCCACAGCAUGAAUUCUGAAAGUGCCUCCUAAAAUGAAUUUUGUAUUGUAUGACUUCAGACCGGUCCUGGAGGUUUGCCUUUCUGUCACCACUGAGUUAUCACUGUCACCUGGUCACUGCAUGAGACAGCAUGUCGAGUGGUUAGGGUAAAAUUCUUCCUCUUUACUGCUCUUAACCCUCACUUGAGGAGGUGUACAAACCCUGAGCAGAGCUCUCCACAGAAGUUCUGUGUGUUGAAAGUCUGGGCCUGAGUUCAGAAUAGUCUCUGGAAGAGUAUGCUCUCCCUUGGAGGUACAGAGGGCUGAUCUUCCUGAAGGAUGUGUGCUGAAUUUGCUGCUUUGAGACUCCUGGGCUUUAUAAGGAAGGUUAAAAACUCCUCAGUUAUUUAUGUAGUGGUGUUAUUAACAGGAUGAUUUUCACUGAAUUACAAUAGUAAAAUACAUACAGCAAUGAUCUUGAGUUUCUUUUGUUUAACCAGAGAUGUAGACUAGAAAGGCAAAUCUUAGAGCUAUUUAUUAUGUGCUGGUGCAAUGUUCAAAAAUGCUUGUUCACUGAAUCUUUUUUAUUACUUCUGUAACUAUUUAUUGUUACAGAAUAUUGCUACUUGUUUCUGCAAGCUUGUAAGACCAAAGUGCCUGAUCCAACAAAUGAUUAAGGCUUAGAAGGUAGAGCAGAAAACAGAUGGAACACCAAUGUUUGGUUGCCAUUCAAGGGGGAAAACAGCAGCAGUGCUGUACUUAAAUGAUGGUAAAAAUGGCCUGCUCCUCAUCAGACCAAAAAGUUCUUUCCACUUUUCAGAACUACUUCAUAAAGACUGUCUCAACAGAGUAGUGAGGCUGCUUCUCUGUUCAGACUUCAUUUGGCUUAGGAAGGCAGGGAGGGAUGCAAUCUACCAAGUGGACUGUAUGUAGCUAAGCAGGCUUUAGCUUAAUUUCCUGAACAGUUUUGAUAGAACUUUAGUAGCAAAAAGACAAAUAAUUUGGUGGAUUAUAUUGUAUGGUUUUUUCAUUAAAGGCUUCCUGAUUAGUCAGCCAAAGUAGCUAAACUGGAAAGCAAACCCAGCCUUUUUCAUUAACUGUGGCUUGGACUUGGUGUGCUUUACAGGCAAGACAUCUGUCAUCCAAGACUUUGACUUUUUACAAACUAACAUGAUGCCAGUGUUGUCAUGUGUGUUAAACUUAGUGCAAGCUUACUGCUGGAAUGCAAUCCUAGGCAAGAAUAACUCCUGCAUGGAAAGCAAAACUUGGCCUAGUAUAGAGUGUCACCAUGAAGAAGACUAGAGGGUUUGUAAUUGCUGUCCUCUCUUGCAUGGAUGUUUUUGAAGCCAGCCUGUGCUAUAGCCAUUGCAGAAGUGAACAGGUGCCUAGAGGGGCUCAGACUCAGGUAUCUGCCUUCUCUGUGAUGUCAUGGCUGAUCUUUAGGAACUGGUUUUGUGCAUUGGCUUGUGUGGAAGAAGUGGUGAGAUGCUUGGGAGGAGUCCUCACAAGCUGAAAACAGACUUGUUUUAUUAGUCUUGAAAUGCCUUGGCUGCUGGUGCAUCAGGCCAGGUGCAUCUCCUGGAAAAGGAAGUGCUGGAGAAUGAAAAAAGGCUGAAUUGGAUUCCUAGUGAGGUAGAGCUAUGGAGAAGUUUCAUGCCAUAACUAUUGUGCUUUUGCUGACGUAACUUGAUGCUGAGGAAGCUCCACAUUGAAUUGCUGCUCUCUGAACUGCUGAGUGAGUGCCUGGGUUUGAGCUUUGCAGGGCUCUUAUGUUCCCUGUCUGGUUGUUAGGAUGCUCUGGCAUGUGGGAAAUACUGAUGCUUUGUAACCUGGCUCUUAGAUACUAAACCCUCGAGUGGUUAAAUUGUAUCCUGAAGCUGCACACUGCCGGCUGCAUUGACCCUGGAGUGCCAGGGAUUGCUGGGGCACUGCUCAUCCCAUUGCCUUCCAAAUAAUCCAGGCUUGGCAGGAAAAGCUGGUGUACUUGGUAGCUUCUCACCACUGUGCUGCAGGUGCUCCCCUUUCUGUUCUGGUGGUGCUGGCAGCUUGAUGGUGCAAUGGCAGUGGCUCAGUUUGCUGUGGGUUGGCUGGUUUGAGGUCAGGUUUAUGGGGAGCCCUCUUGCAAGGGGUGAUUUGAGAAUGAGCACUAAAAGGUAAAAGUGGUGAUCCUGGGCCAAGUCUAGGAUGCCUGCUUGGUUCAGUCACCCCUCAGCACUGGUGAUGCCUCUGCUCUAUAAAUCUCUUCUAACCUCUUGUGUGUCAUGUGGAGCUUAGAGAGAGACUGCUGUGCCUCAACUGUUACCUGAUACAUUCCCUCUGAGAGUGGCAUUAAAGUAAAGCUGCAGUGACACUCAGUGCAUCAUUCCUCAGGAUCAAGCUUCUACUAACUAGGCUGUGGUGUAAAAUAGCUGGGUUUUCUUGUAUAGCUUGUAAGCACUGCUGGACAAAGCCAGUCUGGGGUUAAGCACCUGUUGACAACGUUUAUUGCAAAGUUCCCUUUGACUUGCAGUUUAUUGCUGUGACUUCCUCACUGUAAGAUAGACUUUUUUAUUUGAUGGAGAUGCUGCCAAAGAGACCUGGUGGAAGACUGUGUUUUAGUCACUUUGCUAAAAAAAAUCCCUGUGCUGAUCCAUGGUCACUGUGGCAAGUUGUAAGCUAAAGCAUAGUUUGUGCUUACUCUGCUAAAGAUUUAAUUAUUGCUGUGUUUGUCCUCAGCUCAGUCAGUCAAUCACUAAGUUGGGAGUUUAAGACUACUGCUUGCUUCUGAACAACCAUUUUUCAAAAGAUCCUCAUGCUUUCACUUAAUAAUCUCUACAAAGCAGUAGGUAGUAUUUAAAUCUAGUCCAAAUACCUAAAGCUUUGUACCUGAAACUUAAAGAUCCAUAUUUUGGACUCGAGUUCUGCGGUUAAGCACUUGGUAUGUGCCUAGGCUUUGUGGUUCCCAAUUCCUAGAACAACCACUGAUGUUAGUAGUGACCUCCCCUUGUCACUAGAUAAGUAAUUGGGGAAAGGACUCUUAGAAGAGAACCUGGACAAAUUGCCUUAAUCCUAAACUGUCAGUGUACUGAUGGUACUUGUUUCCCAUUCCUCUCACUCAGCUCAGUCAGGAUUCUGUAGCUGUUAGGCACAGGAAUGAGCAGUAAUUGACCACAGCCACCAGCAGCUUGGUCUAAUUUGGGCAUUGGGAGAGCCAAAUGAAUAAUAAAACUUCCAGCCCUCACAUCUAAGUCUUGCUCAACUCUUUCUUGAAUACAGUUAAAUGUAUUUCAUAAAUGUUCUUUAUUUUCAGUGAAGCCAGAUACAGAGUGGGAUGUUGGUCUGUAGUAGAAACUUUGGAGGAAAAGGUUGGAGCACUCUGGUUUUUCUCACUUACAUGUCUGGAUUGGGCUUGUCUCUCUGAAUAAAACUGCACUUCCCUUUUUUCCUAUGUUUCUUAUUUUUUACUAUUAAAAGAAGUCAGCUCUUGGAAAACCUGUCA